GUAAAUAAGAAAUCGAUGAGGGGAAGAGUAUAACGCGUUUUGAGUUUUGAGUCAGAAGUUUUCCAGCUCCUUCGGCAAAAACACCCACAAAUCUUGUCUCAUUCAUCAGUUUUAAUUCAAUAUUACGUGAAAAGUGUUGUGUUGUGACCCGAAAAAACACAGUGAGCAGACAAUGGCAUCGUUGACGAGUCGUUUGAUGACGGGGGCCCCAAAAUUGGCCCGUGUCGCCGCAUCCCGAAUUGCUAAUUUCCACUCCUACAGCCCCGAACCAUCGCAGCCCCUCAAUCGAGAGCCCAAAAUCUGCUCUUCAGCCCUCGAGGCAGUGCAGUGUGUCAAGUCAGAUAGCGUGGUGUUUGUUCAGGGUGCCGCUGCGACGCCCCUUGAACUUGUGGGGGCACUCACGGAGCAUGGAGUUAAGAAUAAUUUGAAGAAUAUUGAGGUAUGCCAUAUGCAUACUGAAGGUCCGGCUCUGUACUGCAAUCCAGAGCAUUCGCACAUCUUUCGGUCCAAAUCCUUCUUCAUGGGUGGCAAUGUGAGGAAGGCUGUGGCUGAGGGUAGAGGAGACUCUGUGCCAAUUUUCCUCCAUGAAAUCCCAUAUUUGUUCCACCGGAAAAUUGUUCAGCCCGAUGUGGCAUUGAUUCAUGUGUCACCACCUGAUCAGCAUGGAUACUGCUCCCUGGGCACCAGUGUGGAUUGUGUUCGAGCUGCUUUGGUUCAUUCUAAAGUCAUUGUGGCUCAGGUUAAUCCCAAAAUGCCACGUACAUUUGGUGAUGCCAUCAUUCAUCAAUCCCACUUUGACUAUCUCGUUAAUAUUGAUACACCCCUGCCACAGCACGGUGGCAAAGGAUCCAGUGAAGUAGAGACAAAGAUUGGGCAAUUGAUUGCUGAGAAUCUCGUGGAUGAUGGAGCAACUCUGCAAAUGGGAAUUGGAAAUAUUCCCGAUGCUGUCUUGAGUGCUUUGCACAAUCAUAAGGAUUUGGGUAUUCAUUCGGAGAUGUUUGCCGAUGGCGUGGUAGAUCUUGUGAAAAAUGGAUGUGUUACCAAUAAUAAGAAAGUUAUUCACAAGGGAAGGAUUGUCGGAUCAUUCUUGAUUGGGACUCAAAAACUGUAUGACUUUGUGGACAACAAUCCAUUUAUUGAAAUGUUGGAGAUCAAUUACGUAAACAAAGUGGGAGUGAUCUCGCAGAAUCCCAAGAUGACAGCCAUCAAUUCAGCCAUCGAGGUGGAUCUGACGGGUCAGGUGUGCUCGGAUUCAAUUGGUACACGAAUGUAUUCAGGCUUUGGAGGUCAAGUUGACUUUAUCCGUGGAGCUGCUGAGGGUUUUGAUGGCAAGGGUAAGCCAAUCAUUGCCCUGCCGUCGACCACUAAUAAGGGCGAGAGUAAGAUCUCAGCCGUAACGAAGCCAGGAGCUGGAAUUGUGACCACGAGAGCUCAUGUUCAUUACGUGGUAACUGAGUACGGAAUUGCCCAUUUGUUCGGAAAGAGUCUCAGGCAGAGAGCUUAUGCGCUCAUCCAGAUUGCCCAUCCGAAACAUCGUGAAGCCCUCGAGAAGGCCGCCUUCGAACGUCUCAAGACGAUGCCUGUAUCGUAGAGUGUCUCAUCAAAAAGCCUUUUUUUUUACCAUCAUACCGUUUUCCUUAUUUACUUUUGUUUUUUUAAAAGGCAUAUGCAAAGUGAUUCUUUUUUUCAAUUUUACAAUGCGAUAUUCUAAAUAUCCCAACAAAUUUUUAAAUUUUUGCAGAUAAUAAUACAAUUUUAUAGUAAUGAAAAAGAAAACGUUAAUACACAAGCUGCCUACCGCCAUAGUAAGAACAAUUAAUAGGUAUAAAUAGGAAAAAAAAAAAUAAAGUCAUAAAAAAGAGAAAUGUAAUAACGAAAAAAAUCAUUGGACAUUUGGAAUAAUUGAUUUAUCUGAGAUAAAAUUCUGUAAUAUUAUUUUUAUUUUAAAA